AUGUGGUUCGCCUUCGAGGCUGGUGUUGCCGACACGAAACUUUUGGAACCAAUGUUGUACUGUGCAUUCGUUGGUUCUUCCCUGGCCCCAUACUUCGCUGAUAUUUCCAGCGGUUUGAGGGGCAGUCAGGCCCAGUUUGAACUCGCAGAAACCACGUAUUCUCCUCCUACUCCGCGCAAAUCAAACGUGUACAGCCAUUGUCUGGGCGAACACAAGCUCAUACCAUCUGGUUUGGGUCUCUUCUAUUUUUCACACGGGCCUUGCCGAUAUAUUGGACCACUGGCUUGCUAUAUUGGGUACAGCUUUAUGUUACAUUGUUAUGCGCACAAUUUGUGGAGCUUACUUUUUUCGUUUGCUUAUCGUUAUUAUGUACUGGUCCGUCCUAUGCCAAAAAUCAGAACUAUCAGAAUUCUUAUCCUCAUUAUCUAUAUUCCAUCCUUGUUGCAGUUCGUGACGUUCUGUUUUGCAAAUGACAAUGAAGAUGUUGUUAAAAAACGAAUACAUCAAAUAUUUGGCUAUGACACCAGUCAAGAAUGUGUCAGCGGUCACGUGAACAUUUUGAAAUGGGAAGCGCUUUUUACGAUAUUACAUAUGACUCUGCCGGUCACUCCGGUCUAUGCGAUGAUCCUGAUUCUACGAAGACGUAUUUUAAUGAAGUUGUGCAAAAAUGAAGCAAUAUCAGAGAACUCACGACGUCUCCAUGCUCAACUACUAAAGGCUAUCACUUAUCAAGCAUGUAUACCGGUCUUUUUUUUCAUUGCUGUGGUGACAUAUGCACUAGGACAGCUGAAAAUCAUCAACCACCCAAUCCUGGACCGGUCGGAUUUAAAAAGACAGUUUUCAUUGAGACAUCAUUCAGCAGGCGAUACGAAUCACACAAUGAGCGAUGAAGGACCACUUUUGGUAUACUAUAACUACCAUUCUGUACCCAUAUCACAAGAAAAGAUCGAAAGUCUGAUUAAACAUGUAGUAGUUAAAUUAUCAGCUGAAUUUGACAAAUUUUUCUUCUGUUGCGACGUUCGAGCGACGCCAAAAGACAUCACGGACUAUGCGGAACAUUUUCAGCACGGCGAGAUUGCGCAUAUGUCAUUAUCGGCAGAGGGUUCGAUUGAGGAACCGUUAUGUCAACGAAUGCUUUGGCAUGCAUCCACUAUGAACGGUGCGCCGGGAUUGAUCGCCCUCGUUUCUGACGCCGGCAACUAUGGUCCAACGCUAACUGCGCUGGCACGUGGUGGAUGGCGAAUAGCCAUAUUCCAUCCGCCAGAAACGAGUUCAACAUUUCUUGACUAUGCUGAUGAAGCAUUCGCGCUACCGAUACAUCGCGAACAAAUUGAAGAGCAAGGUGUCACGAAUUUGCCGUACGUGUUGAACUUUCCUACGUUACCAUCACCAGCUCGAGAAGAUUGCGCGAUCACUGCUAUGGCGCAAGAUCUUCGACAGAAUUUAACGCGACUACUUUCGCGCCUUUCGGGCGCUAUGGCGCCAGCGCCACCACGUGGUGCACACGAUCCAGCUCAAUCGGCCGACACAUCCGCCGCUCCCGAGAAAUUUGUGCCGGCUAACAUGAUCACAACACCAGAAUCGUUGAGAAGCAGUGAAUCGAGUCAAAAUCUGUACGCUUCCGUGGAUAGUAUCGACGAUGGUGGAUCGCAAAACAUCUACGCGCCACAGAUGUUACCCAGUUUCCUGCCCCAGAACCAAUUCGUCCCCGUCUCCUACGCUCCGCCUCCGUACGCUCAACUGAUGGAACCGCCACGAUUUUGCGCUAAAUGCGGACGUGACGCAGCGUCAGAAAUCGGCGCUGAACCACCACGUGAACAGAAGAAUCCGUUCAAUCAGAUGGAGCGAAGAAAUCCGUUCCAGCACAAUCCGUUCCAGAAAGGACAUGAGGAGAAACGACGUGCAUCGUAUGGAAUGCGUAACGACAUGUGGAAAGAUAAUGAUGAAAUUGGUUACGGUGGAAAGAUUCGAAAGGACGAGGAACAACAGGAGCUGCAGGAGAAUGGUUGGAAACCAGGACGUGGUAAUAGCCGUAAUCCUUUUUCAACAUCAGCUAACAACAGUCCAACACAGUACAAAGGACGUGAAUCUAGAGAUUCAGAACAACGCGAAAAAUUCCGUAAACCAGCUCCACAAUGUCCACAAUGGGAAGAUCGUCAUCACCGUAUCAAUAACAAUUGUCCAUUAUGGCAUCCGUAUAAGAUGUGCCUGUUCUACCCGAACUGUCGUUCAACGGCACUUGAUUGUGGCUAUGCGCAUCCGUUCUGUAGCGAGGAUGAAUGCGAAUGUGCGGAGGAGCAAAAGGACCCACAGUUAAAUCAUUGGAUUGGUCCGGCAAGGAGCUACGUCGACUGA